AUGGAUGCCAAUGCCAAAUUUAAAGAGCUUGAACCCGUCAGGACCGAGCCUGGGGACCAUCCCACAAGCCUGCUUCCUCCUGGUGAUGCUCAGCAUGCUCACCCUGCAGCACGGCGCAAACAACCUCGACCUCCUGCUCAAUUCCAGCACACUGGCCCUCACGCAGACGGCACUGCGCCUGAUUGCCUCAUUAGAAAGAAGUCUGCUGGGCUGGAAUCGGCAGCUGCGAUAAGAACCAAAGUGUUUGUGUGGGGUCUGAAUGACAAGGACCAGCUGGGCGGGCUGAAAGGCUCCAAGAUAAAGGUUCCUUCGUUCUCUGAGACACUGUCUGCUUUGAAUGUGGUACAGGUGGCUGGUGGUUCUAAAAGUUUGUUUGCAGUGACUGUGGAAGGGAAGGUGUACGCCUGUGGAGAAGCCACGAAUGGCCUGCUGGGGCUGGGCAUUUCCAGCGGGACGGUGCCCAUCCCACGGCAGACCACAGCUCUCAGCAGCUACGUGGUGAAGAAGGUGGCUGUUCACUCAGGUGACCGGCACGCCACGGCUUUAACUGUCGAUGGAGAAGUGUUUUCGUGGGGCGAAGGUGACGACGGAAAACUUGGACACUUCAGCAGAAUGAACUGUGACAAGCCAAGGCUGAUCGAGGCCCUGAAAACCAAGCCAAUCCAGGAUAUCGCCUGUGGGAGCUCCCACAGCGUGGCCCUCACAUCCAGUGGAGAACUGUACACCUGGGGCCUCGGCGAGUAUGGCCGGCUGGGACAUGGGGAUAAUACGACCCAGCUAAAGCCCAAAAUGGUGAAAGUCGUUCUCGGUCACAGAGUAAUCCAGGUUGCAUGUGGGAGUAGAGACGCACAGACCCUGGCUCUGACCGAUGAAGGUUUGGUAUUUUCCUGGGGUGAUGGUGACUUUGGAAAAUUGGGCCGAGGCGGAAGUGAAGGCUGUAACAUUCCCCAGAACAUUGAGAGACAAUGGACAGGGGGUGUGCCAGAUUGAGUGUGGAGCUCAGUUCUCCCUGGCGCUCACCAAGUCUGGAGUGGUGUGGACAUGGGGGAUUACUUCAGGUUGGGCCAUGGCUCUGACGUGCACGUGCGGAAACCGCAAGUGGUGGAAGGGCUGAGAGGGAAGAAGAUCGUGCAUGUGGCUGUCGGGGCCCUGCACUGCCUGGCGGUCACGGACUCGGGGC